AUGUUCCGCAAAUUCGUACUAGCGUUGCCUCUACUGUCAGUGGUUUAUUUAGCUAUUGCCUCUCCUGUAAAGCAACGCUCUCCCGCCCCAGGCCUAAUCGACGACCUCUUAAAAGGCGUUCUUUCCCCGAUUGGACAGCUCAUCAAAGACAUCCUAAAUGGGAUCACAUCAGGACAAUCUGGAGAGCUGUCCUCCAAACCCUUAAUCUGUUUACCAUCCCUCGACGAAUGCUGUGUUUGGUGGGACGUAUCUGCAGACCUCACAUCGCGAUUUAAAGGCCCCGACAGCCAAUGCAACGACAACGCCCGCGCAGCCGUCCGUAUGGGUUUCCACGACGCAGGUUCCUGGGACAAAAACUCGCUCAAUGGCGGCGCUGACGGUUCCCUCUUAAUGGAUUUCGGCGAGCAAGAUCGUCCUGAGAACAACGGACUCCAGAGCAUCCGAAACAUCCUGCGAACUGUGCAAGCCAAGUAUAAAGUUGGCUACGCAGAUCUCGCGCAAUACGCACACAACCACGCCACAGUUACUUGCCCAAAGGGUCCCCGCAUUCGAACAUUCAUCGGCCGCAAAGACGCCACUAAAGCUGCACCAACCGGUCUUCUACCAGACACCCGUGAUUCCGCCGACAACCUGAUUACACUCUUCCAAAACAAAGGAUUCUCAGCCCACGACCUCGCCGCUCUGGUCGGCGCCCAUUCCUCCGCAAAACAGCGAUUCGUCGACCCUUCCAAAGCCAAUUUUCCCCUCGACACAACCCCAGGUGUGUGGGACGUCAAUUUCUACAACGAGACGUUGGAGAAUCCCCCAGAUAGCAGAAUAUUCGUGCUGCCGAGUGAUAAAGCAUUAUCGACGCACCCGAAGAUCACUGAUGAAUGGAACGCGUUUGUGGGGAAUCAGCCGCAUUGGAAUGAAGAUUAUGCAAAGGCAUAUGUGCGGAUGAGCUUAUUGGGGGUAGAUAAUUUAGAUGAUUUAAGUGAGUGUACGAAGACUUUGCCCGUGGCGAGGGUGAACGGAGUAUAG